AUGGUUCGAGAUACACUCCGAUGCACCUGCAAGAGUUACAUGCACUCUGGCUGGGUCUGCUCGCAUGUGAUUGCCUCACUCAAACUGCUGAAAAAGCUAGAUUUGGAGCUUGCAACAGAAGUUAUCCAAGCACGGAGGUCUCCAGGCCGACCUCGAGCACCGGUUGGAGCCCGUCAACAAGAGCCGGCAUCUACCAACUUUUGGGAUCCCGAUCGGCUUGAAGCCCUUCUGACCAAAGAGCCUUACACUCCUUUGCAGUGGGCUUUCAUUACACAAGUUGACGUUCAAAAGGAAGGCCAAGCUUCUACUUUUCGCGAAGAUCGUAUUGGUACAGUUGGCGGUGUUCGACUGUCGGAGGAAGACGGGGUUUUCGAGUGGAGCGUGGCCUUCGUUCACGGCGACGUGCAAUACUACCAAGUAGACGACUUGGUGCCCGGACUGAUACGUGCACACGAGCAGCGAAAUAUUUAG